AUGCCAUCGCCAGUGAGGGAUGGCUACCGCAACAAAUCCACGUUUUCUGUCAACAGAGGAGUGGAUGGAAAUCCAAAAACUGUUGGAUUUUACGUGGGCACAGGCAAGAAGGGAAACAUCGUCUGCGUCAAUGGAGACCAUCUGCUCAACAUGCCGGAGAAGCACAAACUGGUAGCCAGGUGCUACCAGGACUUCAUCCGGCUCUCUCCCCUAGAGCCCUGCCUGCUGUUCCACACUGGGGGUCACUGGAGAGAGGUGACAGUGAGGACCAACGCAGAGGGCCGCACCAUGGCUAUAGUGUACUUUCAUCCACAGACGCUCCCCCCAGAAGAGGUGGCAGUCCAUAAGGCUGAGCUGACAGGUUACUUCAUGCGGGGGCCAGGAUCUGUCUGUCAGCUGGACUCACUUUUUUUCCAGGAGAGCACCAUGACUCGCUGCACUCAUGAGGAAUCCCCCUACCAGCUCCUGCAUGGUCAGCCUCACAUAUAUGAGGAGGUGCAGGGCUUCAAGUUCCGCAUCUCUGCCGAUGCCUUUUUCCAGGUGAACCAGGCAGCUGCUGAGGUGCUGUAUGGCACAGUGAGAGACCUGUGCGUACCAAACCACGAGGAAGGUAGAGGGAGGACAAAAGUUGGUGGUACUCUGCUAGAUGUGUGCUGUGGGACAGGUGCCAUUGGCAUUAUUAUAUCUCCCAGAGUAGAUAGAAUUAUUGGUAUAGAGCUCAUAGAACAGGCAGUGGAAGAUGCUAGACACAACGCAGCUCUCAAUAAUGUUCUGAACUGUGAGUUUAUCCAUGGGAAGGCAGAGGUGGUGCUUCCUGGCCCUAUGUCUCAGCUGAGCUCCUCAGGUGGAGGCCUCGUGGCAGCUGUCGUGAACCCUGCUCGAGCUGGCCUGCACCACAGAGUGGUCCGAGCUUUACGAAAUCAUCCUGCUAUCCGCAGGCUGGUGUAUGUGUCUUGUAAACCGGAUGGAGAGGCUAUGAGGAACUUCAGGGAACUUUGUUGUGCUCCUGACCCGCAGAAGAAACUCACAGGAGAGGCAUUUGCUCCAACUCUGGCUGUGCCUGUGGAUAUGUUCCCACAUACUCCUCAUUGUGAACUGGUGCUACUUUUUGAGAGGUAG